AAAAAAAAAAAAAAAUGGGUAGGUUAAAAUCGAUUACUUCACGCUCACAGUUCACAAUAUUCACCAACAACAGAAACAGAAAAGAAAGAAGAAGAAAAAGAAAAAGAAAAGGGAAAGGGUACCUUCAAGGCUUCAAGCGUCGCCGUCGGAAGAAGAAGAAGAAGCAGAAGAAGAAACAGAAGAAGAAGCAGCAGGCAGCAGCAGCAGUCGCACUCGCCAUUCUCCCAGGACAAUAUUUGAAUGGAUUCUUCAAACUCAAAUUCUCCACAAGCAAAUAGCACUAGUGGCACUUCUUCAAAUACUAGGGAGGAAGAAUUUAGUCCUCUAUGGAGAUAUGUAACUAAAUUAGAGAAAACUGGAGAAGGAGGGGGUAAUUGUAAAUGGAUAUGCAAUUUUUGUGGACAAGAAAAGCAAGGGACUUAUACUAGAGUGAGGGCUCAUUUAUUGAAAAUCACUGGAAAGGGGAUUGGUGUGUGUAAAAAAGUGAGGAAUGAUAGUAUUUCUGAAAUGAGGAAACAGGAGGAUGAGGCAACAAACAAAAUUACCAAUUCACAAUCUAGGCGAGUUUCUUUGCCUAUUAGUAUAACUUCUGUUCCUUCAUUGAAUAUAACUGAACCAAGUAUUUCAGCAGCUUUGAAGAAAAGAAGAGUUAAUGAUUCUCCUCUUGGUAGAGCUUUUGACUUGCAAACUAGAGCUCAAUUAGAUGCAGAGAUUGCUAGAAUGUUCUACACUGGGGGUCUACCUUUUAAUUUUGCUAGAAAUCCUUAUUAUGUGAGUUCUUAUUCUUUUGCUGCUAAUCAUGUUUUGGGUGGUUAUGUGCCGCCUGGUUAUAACAAAUUGAGAACCACAUUACUUCAGCAAGAAAAAGCAAAUGUAGAGAGGUUGCUUGAACCAAUUAAAAGUACUUGGUUAGAAAAGGGUGUUAGUAUUGUGAGUGAUGGAUGGAGUGAUCCCCAGAGGAGGCCUUUGAUUAAUUUUAUGGUUGUUUCUGAGUCUGGCCCCAUGUUUAUCAAAUCUGUAGAUUGUUCUGGUGAAGUGAAAGAUAAGCAAUUUAUUGCUAAUUUGCUAAAAGAAGUAAUUGAUGAGGUGGGUCAUCAAAAAGUGGUACAAGUCAUUACUGAUAAUGCUUCAAAUUGUAAAGGUGCUGGAGAAAUCAUUGAGGGAAUGUUUCCACAUAUUUAUUGGACUCCUUGUGUUGUGCACACUCUUAAUCUUGCUUUGAAGAAUAUAUGUGCAGCAAAAAAUUUGGAAAAUAAUCAAGAAACUUAUGAUGUGUGUCACUGGAUCACUGAAAUCCAUGGGGAUGCUUUGCAAAUCAAGAAUUUUAUAAUGAAUCAUUCCAUGAGGCUUGCAAUUUAUAAUCGGUUUAGCCCUUUGAAAUUGCUUUCAGUUGCUGACACUCGUUUUGCUUCUAUUGUUGUGAUGCUUAAAAGAUUUAAACUUAUUAGACGUGCUUUAGAAGCAAUGGUUAUGAGUGAUCAAUGGGCACAAUACCGAGAAGAUGACCAAGGCAAAGCUAGAUUUGUUCGUGAUAAAGUGGUAGAUGAGGAUUGGUGGGAAAAGGUUGUUUACAUCAUUGCUUUUACUGGGCCCAUUUAUGACAUGAUCAGAGUUUGUGACACAGACAAACCAUGCCUUCAUUUGGUUUAUGAGUUGUGGGAUUCUAUGAUUGAAAAGGUGAAGCAAGUUAUUUUUGAUCAUGAAGGAAAGCAAGCAGAUGGGUUUUCUCCUUUUUAUUAUGUGGUUCAUCGAAUUCUUGUUGAUCGUUGGGCAAAGAACAACACUCCCCUUCAUUGUUUAGCCCAUUCAUUAAAUCCAAGAUUUUAUAGUGAAAAAUGGCUUCAAGAGGGAGAAGGUAGAGUGCCUCCUCAUAUGGAUGGAGAAGUAUCAACUGAGAGAAUUAAAUGUUUCAGGAGGAUUUUUUCUAAUGAAGAUGAGCGAAUUAGAGCAAAUGAUGAAUUUGCAAAUUUUUCUUUGAAAAGUAGACCUUUUGCUGAUCCUGAUUCUAUUGGAAGUAUGUAUGUUACAGAUCCUAGGAAAUGGUGGGCAUGUUUUGGUUCUAAUGCACCUUUACUUCAAAGGUUGGCUUUUAAAGUGCUUGGACAACCUACUUCCUCCUCUUGUUGUGAAAGAAAUUGGAGUAUUUAUUCCUUCAUUCAUUCAUGCAGAAGGAAUAAAUUAACUCCAAAACGUGCAGAGGACUUGGUUUUUAUCCAUAAUAAUCUUCGUCUUCUGUCCAGAAACUCCUCCCAAUAUUAUGAUGAGAAGACAAAAUUGUGGGAUGUUGGUGGUGAUCAAUUUGGAAGUAUGGAAGAUGUGGGAGUUCUUGAAUUUGCCGACCUUUCAUUGGAUGAACCAGAGUUAGAGUCUGUUUUGUUUGAUGAAAAUGCAACUACAUGCAUGGAGAAGGAGAAUGAGAAAGACAGUGAAGUUGAGGAAAUGUUAUAAAUUUUAUUAUCUUUUCUUUUUUAACAUUUGAAUGUGUUGUAGUUGAUAUUUAUUUCUUAUAAGUAUGAAACUUCUAAAUAUGUAUUUUUAUAGUUGAAUUUAAAUGUUGAUUUGAACUUUAUUUA